AUGGCUCUCCCUUCGAAACGUGUCGCUGUGAUCGGUGCAGGUAUCAGUGGUGUCGUUGCUGCGGCCCACCUCAAGAAAGAAGACAUCGAUGUCACCGUCUUUGAGCGAAGUAGUGCUGCAGGAGGCAUAUGGCUGUACGACGAGCGAAAGCCUCUUGAGCCAUUGUAUUCAGGAGUGCCAAUUUCGAAGACUGGCAGUGCAUACGCAAGUGAAGAGUCAGAAGAUGUGCAAAGGCGGAUCCAUGCACCACCAGGGCAAGUUCAGAUAUUUGAAGAUCCAUGCUAUAUCGGCUUGAAAAACAAUGUAAGCACCCGCUUACUAGAGACCACAUUGAACAAGUUUCCGCCUGGAACUGAGGACUAUGUGACGCACAAUGUUUUAGCAGAUUAUAUACAGGACACUGCCAUUGUGACAGGAGUACACGAAGCUACACAGUAUGAUACGAAUGUAAAAAAUGUCUGGAAAGAUGGCGAUUCAUGGUCAGUUGAGACGACGACUCUGCAGACAGAUAGUACAGGUGUGGAAACGUGGAACACUUCUACUCAGGUUAGUGCUUCCAUGACCAUAAAAACCAUGAUUCUGACAUGCGUACAGAAAUUCGACGCUGUAGUCGUUGCUUCAGGACAUUACCAUGCACCAAGAGUUCCAGAUACCCCUGGUUUGGUCGACUGGAAGAAGAGAUGGCCAGAUAGGGUAGAACAUUCGAAGCGCUAUAGAAAGCCUGAAAAUGCUGAAAACAAGAAUUAUCUGCUUGUUGGUGGAAGCGUCUCAGCAACGGAUAUUGCGCGUGAGCUCAGCCCAUACGCCAACAAGAUUAUCCAAAGCCAAAGGAACGGCAAAUUCGAUCUUCCUCCAGCAAUGCUUCCCGAAAAUGCCUACCGGGUCGACGAGGUAGUGUCGUACGAUGCGCCCAGCGCGGAUGAAUCGAAGCCCUUAGGCCCAUCAGAAGCCAUACCAGGCACAGUGACUCUCAAAUCAGGAAAGAAAAUCUGUGACAUUCACCAUGUUAUACUCUGCACAGGAUACCACCUUACAUUGCCGUUUUUGCCGCAACUUCAUUCGGACGACACGCCGGUCGACAAGGCAGACGAUACACUGUUGGUGACGGACGGAACACAAUUCCACAAUUUACACAAAGACAUUUUCUACAUCAAUGAUCCUACGCUUGUGUUCGUUGGUGUUCCUUUCUUCACUGCCACCUUCUCCCUGUUCGAGUUCCAAGCCAUGGCCGUUGCCAAGGUGCUCUCUGGUCAGGCGAAGCUUCCAAGCCAAGAAGCCAUGCGGUCCGAGUACAACGAGAGAAUAAAGACAAAAGGCUACGGCAAAGACUUCCACAGUCUACGGGAUCAAGAGGCAGAAUACGUCAAUGACCUUUUAGCCUGGGUCAAUGCUGAUUUGGAGAAGACGGGCAAAACCAAGCUCAAUGGGCACAGCAGUCAAUGGCUCAGUCUAAAAGCAGAAAUCGUGGCAAGGAUGAAGGCAUUUUUCACCACGCCGGUCUUGGAAAAGAGGCUUGAAGCAACAUUCCCAGAAACUAUUUCCCACGCAGCCAUCGAAACCCCCCCUGUCAAUGUCGACAUUUCGUCCCCACCGCAUAAAUGGUAUUAUUACCUAUGGGAUACACUCGACAAGCCAAAGGAGGAACGAUGGUUUAUGUUUAAGCUUGAUGCUGCGUUGUUGACUUUUGCGUCGUUGGGUUAUUUCAUCAAGUAUCUUGAUCAGAUGAAUAUCAACAGUGCUUUUGUGUCUGGAAUGAAAGAGGAUCUUGGGUUAUAUGGCAAUCAACUUAAUUACAUGCAGACUUGCUGGACGGUGGGAUACGUUAUCGGGGAGAUACCGAGUAACAUCAUCUUGACCCGUGUUCGACCGUCGAUUUGGAUUCCCGCCAUGGAGCUCACAUGGGCAGUCCUGACGUUCUGUCUCUGUCGCGCCAAGAACGCAGAAACAAUCUACGCUUUACGAUUUCUCAUCGGUCUCGCCGAAUCUACUUUCUAUCCUGGCAUGCAAUACAUAAUCGGGUCAUGGUACCGCAAAGAAGAACUCGCCAAGCGCUCCUGCAUCUUCCACACCAGUGGCGCAAUCGCAACCAUGUUCUCAGGCUACCUCAUGUCCGGCGUCUACAGACUCGACGGCAAAGGCGGCUUCAGAGGCUGGCAAUGGCUCUUCAUCGUCGACGGCAUCAUCUCCAUCCCCAUUGCCCUCAUGGGCUUCUUCUUUCUGCCCGACCUCCCCGAAAUCUCCAAACCCUUUUACCUGACAAAAGAGGAAGUCAAGUUCGCACAGGAGCGCAUGCAGCGCGAGGGCCGCCAAAAACGACAGCCCUAUACUCGAGCUAAGAUCUGGAAGAUCUUUACGUCCUGGCAUAUUUACGCCCUCGUGUUCCUUUACAUCUUUUUCAACAACGGUAACUCGGGCGCGCAGCCUGUGUUCCAGCAGUUUCUCAAGUCGAGUAAGCAUCCAAAGUAUACCAUUACUCAGAUCAACACGUACCCAACAGUUACCAACGCCGUCCAAGUCGUAACCACCCUCCUCUACGCCUGGACCAGCGACAGCAUCCUCAAAGGCUCGCGCUGGCAGCCCAUAGUCUUCGGCGGCUGCGUAAACAUAAUGUGCUACGUAAGCCUCGCCAUCUGGGACAUACCCAUCAAAUGGAAGUGGGCCUGCUACAUCCUAACGGGCUUCGGCGGCGGCAUCUCCGGCCUCUGCUACGCCUGGGCACACGAAAUAUGCACGCAUGACAACGAGGAGCGCGCCAUUGUGGUGGCUUCUAUGAACGAAAUGGCAUACGUGGUUCAGGCGUGGUUGCCACUCGUCGUGUGGAAGCAGGUCGAGCAGCCGAGGUACCACAAGGGCUUUAUUACGGCCGCGUGCUUGAGUUUUAUGAUGAUUGUUACGGCGUUGACGACGCGCGCGCUGCAUUUGAGGGAUAGUAGUGCUGGAGGCGAGGAAGCUGGAUCGGAUGUCGAUGCGGAUCUUGGCUUUAGAAAAGGGACUUGA